ACAGUCUACAAGCACCUGAGUUGAAAUACAUGUUGCUCAGCAUCCGAUCGUGGAGUGGACAUGUGGGCAAUUUCCAAACCUCCUUUGGAUCUGUGUGGGCUCAGAUAACACACACAGGAUAUAUAUACAGCUGAGGCUGCUGUUGUCUGUCCCGGAGCACAGUCUAUGAUGGUAAAUAAAAUCUUCCAUAAAAAAGUGAACUCCGUGGAACGUUCCGUAUGUCGCUGGAAAUCUUUUUGUAUUUGGAUAUAAUCUUAUGUGUACAAAGCCCCUGUACAAAAUAUUUUACCUGCCUCAGGUAGCACCUGUAGACUGAAGAACAGACUGAGGAUGGCAGCCAUGAUGAAGAAGAAGAGUUUGCACACAACACCGCCUGAUGGUGGCUGGGGGUGGAUGAUUGUGAUUGGCUGCUUUCUUGUCACAGUUUGCACAAGAGCCGUUACAAGGUGUAUCUCAAUAUUCUUUGUUGAAUUCCAAUUAUAUUUUGGUCAAGAUUACUCAAGAACGGCUUGGAUACAUUCCAUUGUUGAUUGUGCCACUAUGUUAUGUGCCCCUCUUGGAAGUUAUGUGAGCAACCAUGUCUCUUGUCAAGUGGGCAUCAUACUCGGUGGACUUCUUGCAUCCACAGGACUUGUCCUGAGUUCCUUUGCUACAAGCCUAGAGUAUCUCUACCUCACACUAGGAGUCAUUACAGGCUUGGGAUUUGCACUUUGCUAUAGCCCUGCAAUUGCCAUGGUGGGAAAGUACUUUGACAAGAGAAAAGCCUUGGCUUAUGGAAUUGCCAUGUCAGGCAGUGGCAUUGGCACCUUUAUCUUAGCUCCGGUGGUUCAGCUGCUAAUUGAACAAUUUUCCUGGAGAGGGGCUCUCCUCAUUCUCGGUGGUUUUGUGGCCAAUCUUUGCGUCUGUGGUGCUUUAAUGAGACCGAUACACCUAAGAGAGGACGGUGCACAAUCUUCACUAAAGCAGGAGCUUAGUACAAAUGAAUCAAAUAACAGUACAAGCCCAUCCACCAAAUGCUCACCUCUGAGCCAGGACUGCAGUCACAAGAGCCUCUGUUACUGUUCCCAAAAGGAAUACAGCUUUCUCCUAAAGCCUAACUUCAUUGUACUGGCUGUGUCCUUCCUCUUCCUGGCCUAUGGGUGCAGCCCUCCAUUUGUCUACCUUGUGCCUUAUGCCCUAAGUGUUGGAGUUAGCCACCAACAAGCGGCCUUCCUAAUGUCAAUACUUGGCAUCAUAGACAUUGUUGGGAACAUUACUUUUGGAUGGCUGACAGACAGAAGGGUCCUGAAAAAACACAGAUAUUCCUGCUAUAUCAUAGCUGUGGCACUGGAUGGUCUUAGCUGUCUCUUUCUGCCAAUUCUUAAUUCCUUUCAGUUGCUUGUGCCAUUCUCUGUUACAUUUGGUUAUUUUGAUGGUGCCUAUGUGGCUCUGAUUCCUGUGGUGACUGGAGAUGUAGUUGGAACAGCUUACUUAUCGUCUGCUCUUGGAGUGGUGUUCUUUCUCCAUGCAGUGCCUUAUUUAGUGAGCCCUCCUAUAUCAGGCUGGUUGGUAGACACCACAGGAAACUAUACAGCGGCAUUCCUUAUAAGUGGAUUUUCUAUGAUAUUUUGUGCUGUUUUAUUAGUUUUUGUCAAACUAAUAAAGAAGAUAAAAUCCCGAAGACAUACACAAUCAGUGCCAACCUCUGAAACCAAGCAAGAAAUCUGCACUAAUGGAGACCUAUCUUGUCCAGCCACAGAGGAGCAUAAAGAGGUGUAAAGGAGCCUUCAAAGUGUCCAUCUGACAGCAAUAUACAGACUGGAGUCUUCAGAAUGGGCUACCCUAAACUAUCAGGACCUGUUUUAUUCAGGGUGACCAUACAGCACAUCGGACCGUAGGAACAACAUUCGGAAUUUUGAAAGCAAAGACUUUUUCAGUUUACUACAAUAAGCUGAAUAGACAAUGGCAGAUGUCCUACUUGCAUAAUAAAUGCAGCAACCCUGCACUUUAUAAGGAAUUUUGUGAAGAAGUCGAUAAACUUUUUAGACAUUGACAGUUUUUAAAAAGGACUAAAUAUUUUAUACAAUGAUGAACAGUCCUUUGUGGCUGUAAGACUGGAUUCAAUGCAAUGCAUUGAAGAAGAUAAACCAUGAACUGUUUAGUAAUGGAAACAUUGAUGUUGUAUUUGUUGCAUAAUACAUUUAAAGCAAUAGAACUUUGCCGAAAUCAUGUUCAAAACCAGAACUUCUUGUGCAUUGGAGCAUGUCGAGUGCAGGGAAAUGUAGAGGUUUAUUGUUGGUUUUGGAAAGCUGAAUGAGCUUAUUCAAUAAGUUAAAGAGUAAGGUGCUUCAAGCAGUAAUUCUGAACAGCCAAUUAAACUUUGGAAUUUGGUUGCUAAGGGUUGCUGUACCUUCCACAGUAUUAAAGCUCUGCUUGGUUGAAUAAGCCAAUUCAUGGUUUAAUUCCUGGUGGUUUAGUAAUCUGGAGUCAAACUCUUUAGCCAAUUGUGAGUUAUUUUGAUGUUUGAAACAUUUAUACCUUUAACGUUUUAUGAAUAAAUCUGAUGUCACAGGAAUUAACUUUAAUUAA